AUGCAUUUCGACGAUCGUUGUAGUGUAUCUUCAAUGGUAGGCGAACGACAUAUGGUUGAGUCCAAAGCAAUUAAUGCAGCCAAGUAUGGUGGUACCCCAGCAACAGCACAUAUGGAAUCCAACAUCACUGCCGAUUCUGCGAGCGAGAUAUUCGAGGACGCAUUCGAUAGCGACAGCAGUUUUGGUGAUGCCGUUGACAAGCCAACCAUGUUGGACAAUGAAAAUCAUUCACAACAACACGAUGAUUAUGCGAGUCAAGUGGAAGCAUUAGCAGUAUCCAUGGCACCUGGAAAGCAUCGCCCCAUGAUGGAUAAUGACCAAAAGAAGACUAGCAUGAGGGAUGGCAUAGCCCAUAAUGGUGGCCCGGCUAUUAUGCAUGUAAUCCAACAAGAAACAGAUCAAGAAAUUGAUCCAUCAUCACCUGAAACUUCGCGUCAUCAUGGUCAACAAUAUCAAAGUGAUGGUGGCAACGAGGUUUUAUUUGACGCCCACUACUCUGAAAGCAGCCGUUCGACACGAAGUACCAGUUUGACGGAUGACAGUAACUACAACAGGCUUCCAGGAGGAGGAGGAUGUAUGGAUGUCGUCAUGCCUUCGAUUGAACAAUCCUAUCGAGAAUCAUUUGCCAUCCAUGACCAAUCAUUUGAAGCAACAAGUGGUGGUUCUACAGAUGAUUUUUACCGUGCGGCUCAUAGCAGCGAAUUUGAGCAUUCAAUUGAAGAUCCAAUCGACCUGGAUAUUUUUCGAGACAACGCUAUUACUGUCAUCCAUGUCAAUCCUAAGCACAUUGCCGUCAACAAGCUCAAUCCACGAGAACAAGAGGAAGCUGAUGAAUCUAUGCGUGAAGGAAUGAGGAAUCUAUUUGACAACAAUUUCAUGAAAGCAAAAGGGAUAUUCCAAUCCAAGGCAAGCUUUGAGCCACUUUUCUCGCUUGGUUUGGGUGCCAUGGCAUUUAUCAAAGCCAUGAUGACGUACCAAGAGGAAGAUAUCAAGACGGCCAUGAAUGCUCUUAGCACAUCCUACACCAUCGCCAAAGCACAAAUCGACAAUGCUUAUUUCAAGCAGCCGAUCAAGGCGACCCUAUCGCACUAUUUUUCAUCAUUCCUCUAUGGCAAAUCAAAAUCAGGCUUACCUGCAGGUCCAGGUCCCGAAUCACAAAUGGAUGAGCAUGGUUGUGUGCCAGAAUUUAUUCCCAAUGGAAUCUUGCGAGCACAUGUUAUCAAGGCAGAGAGCUGCUUGCUGAUGGGGAUCCUGCAGCUAUCACAAGAAACGGUCAUGAACUAUAUUAAAUGUGGGCUCAACUUACGCCGAGCGUACAAUAGCUAUUGCCUUGUGUGGCGUGAAUACAAACGAAUGGGCCAAAAGUAUACAAAGUACAUGGAUCGUGAUACAGUAUCAGCUAUUCAGUUUGGCAUCGGCGCUGUCAACCUUUUACUAUCAUCCAUGCCGAGCAAGAUCACCAAACUUUGUUCAUCGUUGGGUUGGCAAGGAGACAAGCAGCUUGGUAUUGCAUUGUUACGGCUUUGUAUCGAAGAGCGUGGUAUUCGUGCUCCAUUGGCAUCCCUUGUCCUGCUUUCUUAUUAUUCAAUCCUUACGUCGUUUGCACCACAAAUUUAUACCAAAGAUCAGAUGAGUUCGGCCAUUGAGUGUCUUUUGGAAGCACAACGCAAUUAUCCAAGCUCGUGUUUUUUCUUAUUCUUUGCUGCACGGAUUGCACGCGUGGCACGCAACAUACCCUUAUCCACCCAAUCCUUUUCCUUUUCAGCUGAAGCAUGUCAUGGCGAGUGGGCUGAGACGGCGAUGCGACAAGUGGCUGACUAUGAGACGGGAUUCAACCUUGCAUUACAACUCGAUUGGGAAGGUGCAGCCAAAUGUUUUGAACAGCUUAGCCGUGAGCACUAUUGGUCAUCUGGUUUCUGCUUAUAUUUUGCUGGUACUUGCAAAGAGAUGCUGGGCAAGCGUACGGACUGUAUUCUUGCCAUGGCCGAUGUAUCCGAUCGCCUUGCAAAGCAACAACCGACAUCAAGUAAAUCCUAUAUCGACAACUAUGUGGAGAAAAAAGUGGCAUUCUUUCAAAAGACCGGAUACCAGGAUAUGUCUCUUAGCUUACCAGCACUCGAAAUCUUGCUUGUAUGGAACGCGUUUGUACAAAUGCAACCUAGUGCGUUGGAGACGUGCCUGGAUCAGGUACAGCGCACGCUUGAGCUCAUUUAUCAACGAGAAAAGAACGAGUACGACAUUCGCAUUCAUGAACUUGUGCCAUCCAUUCAACCUCCCGAUUAUUACAAGCAACGUGCAGUACUAUUACUCAUUAAGGCAUCCAUCCUCAAUGCGCUUGAACGACACACUGAAACUAUUCCUCACCUUAAUUGGAUCAUGGAUCAUCGUGAUCGGAUCAAAGAAGAGUCUUGGAUUAUACCAUUUACAUAUUGGGAGGCCGGUGUGACCAGCUGGGGAUUAGGCAAUGUGCCAAAGAGCCGUAAAAUGUGGCAACAAGCCCUUUCAUUUACAAAGUACGACUUCGAGUACAGGAUGGCUAUAAGGCUGAGCUUGGCAUUAAUGCGCUGUGAUGAACUCGACGCUGAUGAAUAUGUCGAAUCAAGAGAAACAAAAGGGCUUUCAACACAAAUACGAAAGCGUAUGCCCAUCGUCAUUGAACAUUGA